AUGGAAAACAUCUACUCGGCCUACCAGCACAAACUGACCAGCAGCCUCAGCCAGCACAUCCACUCCAUCAGCAGCAACAAACCACCACCAACAUCCGAAGAAGAACAAGAAACCAUCCGCAAACUCACAGCCAACCUGCCCCCACUUCCACAGAAGGCAUCCGAACUCAGGCGGGCCAUCAUCUCAUCCGUCUUCUCAGCACUCAUCAGCCAGCUCAACAGCACCCAGCAGGACGAAGACCACACGCUCUACCAUCUGCUCGAUCUUGCCCUCGCCUUCAUCGAGCAUGGCCAAGCCGCACCCGAACUCGCCCUGGGCUGCAUCGAGGAGAUACUCGAGACCUCGACCGUCCAACAGGCCCAGUUCAUCUUUGGCUACCUCGAAUCACGCGUUCAGCGAUUGACCGUCGAUAUGCUGCCCGACAGAGGCAAAGGCUUGAUCUUCCUGCGCAUGCAAAACAACCUGCUCAGACGGCUCUCGAAAUCCCUCCACACCGUCUUCUGUGGCCGGAUCCUGUGCUUCCUCUCCUCCGUCUUCCCGAUCGCCGAGAAGAGCGGCGUCAACCUCCGAGGGGCAUUCAACAACGGCAACAUCACCAAGUUCGACCACUUCGAAUCCCCGCCCCCGCCCCCGCCCACCCUGCUCACCACCACCACCACCACCAACAACAAUACUGAUGAAACGACCGAGCGCGAUAAUCCUGGCAGUCUGGAGAUCGACUCGGCUGCUCAGGAUCUCGCGCCCAAAGUCAACCCAACAGUCGAAGAGACCAAACCAGCACCUGAUUCAACUCGCGUCAAGGCAUCCAAGUCAGCUGCCGACAAGCGCGAAUUCUACACCCGCUUCUGGUCCCUCCAGGCCCUGCUCUCGAACCCGCCCGAGCUAUUCAAGUCCUGGUCCCCAGACCCAUCCCUGGCCCUCCCAGCCACAACAACCCUCCCGCCGACGUCCACAACCACAGCCGCCACGGCGAUCACUCCCGACCCCUCCGCUUCCCCCCAGCCCUCUACGCCUAACCUCAAGAAACUCAAGGACGGGAUCGGGGCCACGUUGGAGGUCUUCGGACGGAUGACCAAGAAAGAACUCGAACUCGGCGCUACCCAUCUCCGCAAAUCCGAGGACCUCGACGGCCUCGAGCAGUUCUUCUUUCCCAAGUUCCUCACCAAGAGUAACUUGCUGGAUCUCGAGAUUGCAGACCCAUACUUCCGCCGGCAGGUCCUGACCCAGUUCCUGAUCAUCCUGCAAUACAUACGCGGGUUCUCGCCCGAAGAGCGUGCCAAGCGCGCCGCGCUCCCGAAGUCGAACCGGAUCAGCGAAAUCCCGUACAUCUACCAAGCCAAAGAUGAGGCCUGGGUGCUUAAGCUGAGCGGCGAGGUCUGGAAGACGCUGUAUGCGACCCCUCCUCAUGGCGAGAUCUUCGCAAUGACCAUCCAACAGAUCCUGAUCCGGGAAUCCAGCUGGAUCAUGUGGAAAGCCGGGUCGUGUGCCAGCUUCGAGAAGUCCAGCUUGGAGGUCGAGCCGGCCCCCGGAUACAAACGAAUCACCAGUAAUCCGCUCAGGUUUCCCCACCCUGUCGGCACCCCAGCGCUCAGUAAACUGUGGGAAAACAAAGUCUCCCUCGACGCGAUGGAAGCGAUCGAUCCUACCGCCGGGGUCCCCGACUUGAAAACCCUUCAUCUCAAAAUCCAGCAUCUGGAGGCCCAGUUGAAGCAGCUGCAGGAUCAUCUGCCUGCGGAUACCGAUCCUAAAGCAGAAACCGUGAAAUCACAGAUCCAUCAGCUCCAAGAACGGAAAGUGGGCUUAACAUGGCGAGCAUUACGGAUAGCCCAGAGUUCGCACCUGCAGUUUUUUGGGAAGAUAGGCAUGCCGGCGGAUAUCAACAAGUUAAUGGUGAUGAUCGAGGAGGCGAAGAGCCGCGGGCCCGUUCCGCUGGGACGGCCGACGUUAGGCCAGACGGCGUCCCCGCUGACGACGCCGAACCUGCGAUCGUUGAGUGGGGAGGGGAUGGAGGUGGAGACGACGCUAGGAAAGGGAGCCGAGGAGGGGGCCCUGCAGCGGGUGGCCUCGAACGACGCGAGCCAGCCGGACGUGGUCAUGCUUGACGGGGAGAGCAUCAUGGAGAGCGUGGGCGGGCCGGGGCUGGCGAGCGAGCUCGACGGGGAGGUGAUCAGCGAGAGCCAGCCGUCGAUGGCGGCUGCAGUUGCCAGCGUGUCCACGGACGAGGUCCAGUCGACCAGCCCGGCUUCGCGGCCGGGCUCGCCCCAGCCGAUCCCCUCCGCGGUCGUCCCCACCAUCCGCUCCUCGCCCACCCAGCCGCUCCAGAUCGGACACGACCAGUCGCACAGGAUGUCGGACGUCGAGCAGCACCAACACCCCGGCGCCAUGCUCUACUACCACCAUUCUCUGCCCUCCCACCCCCACAACCACCACUCCAACCAUCCCCACAACCAUGGCCCCCGCAACAACCGGCCCUCCACCGCCGCUAAUCACUCCCCUCUUCCUACUAAUAGAGACCACUCUUUGCCCCUCCUUAAACGCCCCGUCGCCGAGGUCAUCGAUCUCGAUGCCCCCGACCUCGGGCCCCCUACCGACCCCAAGAAAAUCAAAAAUUAA